UGCACAGGGGACCCUCGGGACUUUAGGGCACGCAGGUGAGGGCGGAAGAGGAGCCUGGGUCUGGAGCCAGCGGAGACGAGCCCGAGCCGCAGCCGAGGAGGCCGAGCAGCUGCCUUCCCAGGCAGUGGGGACCGCGGGGCGAGGGAUGGAGGCGGCGCUGACCGGCGACACCCAGGGCCUGCUUCCCCUGGAGAGGCAGCUGCAUGAGGCCGCCUGGCGGAACCAGGUUGGAAGGAUGAAGGAGCUGAUUGCAAGAAGGGUUAACGUCAGGGCCCGAAACCAUGUGGGCAGAGUGGCCCUGCACUGGGCCGCAAGUGCAGGUCACGAGCAGGCCGUGCGGCUGCUCCUGGAACACGGGGCUGCUGUGGACGAUGCAGAUGCGUUUGGAAUGAACGCGCUUCUCCUGUCUGCCUGGUUCGGUCACUUGCAGGUCCUCCAGAUCCUGGUUAAUUCCGGGGCCAAGAUCCACUGUGAGAACAAGGGGCCCCCACCCUGGGCUUGUUUCCAGGACGGUCUGGCCUUACUGCACUGCGCAGCCCUGAGAGGCCACAUGCCUGUGCUGGCGUUCACGAUGGAAGACCUGGAAGGUGUGGCCCUGGACCACGGAGACAAACUGGGCAGGACGGCAUUUCACAGGGCUGCUGAGCAUGGACAUUUGGAGGCUGUGGACUUCCUCGUGGGCUCAGGCUGUGACCACAGUGUCAAAGACAAGGAGGGGAACACAGCGCUUCAUCUCGCUGCUGGCCGGGGCCACAUGGCUGUGCUGCAGAGACUCGUGGACAUCGGGCUGGACCUGGAGGAGCAGAAUGUGGAAGGCCUCACGGCCCUGCAUGUGGCUGCUGAGGGAACCCACCCAGAUUGCGUGCAGUGCCUGCUUGAGGCGGGGAGCUGUGUGAAUGCCCUUACCCAGAAGAAGAUGAGCUGCCUCCACUACGCUGCCCUCAGGGGCUCUGAGGCUGUGUGCCAGGCCCUCAUCCACGCAGGAGGCUGCACCAAUGUGGCUGACUACCAGGGCACCUCUCCCCUACACCUCGCCGUGAGGCACAACUUCCCAGCCCUGGUGAAGCUCCUCAUCGACGCCAACAGUGACCUGAAUGCCGUCGACAAUAGGCAGCAGACACCUCUCCACCUGGCCGCAGAGCACGCCUGGCAGGAUGUGGCAGAGAUGCUCCUUGUCUCAGGGGUUGACCUGAACCUGCGAGAUAAGCAAGGGAAAACCGCCCUGGCAGUGGCCGCCCGCAGCAACCACGUCACCCUGGUGGACAUGAUCAUAAAAGCUGAUCGCCUCUAUAAAUGGGAGAAGGAGCCCCAGAGACCACUUGGCGGAAAGAGCUUGACCUUCAGGCAGGACCAUGGGCGGGAAACGCAGCAGCUGCGCUCCGUGCUGUGGCGCUUGGCCUCCAGGCACCUGCAGCCCCACGAGUGGAAGAAGCUGGCAUUCAGCUGGGAGUUCACCGAGGCCCACAUCUCCGCAAUUGAGCAACAGUGGACAGGCACCAGAAGCUACCAGGAGCAUGGCCACCGGAUGCUGCUCAUCUGGCUGCAUGGUGUGACCCUGGCUGGCAAGAACCCCAGCAAAGUGCUGUUUGAGGGCCUCAUGGCCAUUGGCAGGAGAGACCUGGCUGAAAGCAUCAGGAAGAAAGUAAAUGCCGAUCCGAGGGCCCCCAGGAGCUGCAUGGCCAUGUGAGCUCAGCCUCCAGCUGCUUCCACUGACAGCGCAGUCACACAGAGACCAGCCGGCAAACAUUUGGCAUCUUUUUGAAAAGGAUUGGCCCCAGGGCCUGUACAGACUUCAUAGUUUGUCCUGUCACAGGUGUAUGGGCCUUUGUAGCUCUUUGCUUUUUCACCCCUGAGCUGUGGUGGCCAUCUUGACAGAUAGGAUUUCGAGGCCCAGGCAGGAGAAGCAGCAGCCCCACUGCGAGUCAGGUGGUGGGGUCAGAUGUGAAACCCAGCGUCCCUCCCACCCUGACCUGGGGAAAGGGCUCUGUCGCUUUCACAGUGGACUGUCUUGAACUCAGUUGCUGGCUUUUAAGGAUACUCAUGCUUUCUCUGCAGUACACUCAGCACAGUUCCAGGAGGCAUGCACUUCCACCCCCCACUUACUUUAUAAUUGUAAAAAUUGUUGAGCCUUUAAAUUUGAAAUCACUUUAGACUUACAAAAGAUAGUUGCGGAAACAGUACAAAGAAUUUCCACGUUUCUGACUGCAGAGUACUGGCACUUGGGAUGAGACAGAAGAAAGAAUUCUCAUGCCGUUGUGACUUUGAAACACGCAGGCAAAUUGCUAACGUGUACCCGGAAGGGUAUGACAUUCUGGAAAAGGUGAAGUCAUGGCAAACAGAUGAGUGAUUGUUCAAAGGGAGAGACAGUGGGGUGGACAGAUGGAGCCCAGGGGAUUUUUAAGGCAGGGAAGUUGUUCUGUGUGAUACAGUGAUGGUGCACGCAAGAUAUUCGUGCAUUAGUCAAACCCACAAAGUAUGCGACACAAGGAGUGAGCCUGGAUGUAAACUACAGAUUUUCUUUAAUGAUAAUGUCCACAUCGGUCCAUUGAUUGUCACAUAUGUGCCACACAGAUGCGAUACGGAAACCAUGGUGGGGGAACUGGGUGUGGUAGGGAGGGAAACAUGGGAAUUCCCUGUACUUUCUGCUCAGUUUUUCCUCUAAACUUAAAACUGUUUAAAGAAAAAUCAAAUCUUCAGGAAAAGCUAAAGUUAUAAAAAGGAAAGAAGAAGAGGCUUUAGAAAUCAGCUCAUUGGGCCGGGUAUGGUGGUGUGGACCUGGAGUCCCAGCUCCUCAGAGGCUGAGCUGAGGCAGGCAGAUCACGAGUCCAGUUGCUACCAUUUGGGUCAAGAAUGUGCUAGAACCGUGUUCCCCAGCUGAUGGCAUGACUGGCGAGUGGUGGACCCUUAGGAGGAAUGGCCUCCUAGAAGGAAGUUAGGUCCCUGGGGGAUGCGGCCUUGAAGAGGAUGUUAGGAUGCAGAGCUCUUCCUCUUAGCCUCCUGGCCACCCUGAACGAACCUUCUCUGUCACAUGCUUCCACCGUGAUGUCCUGUGCCACUGUGGCCCACAGUAGAGCGACCAACAUCUUUCCUUCUUACCAAUUUAUCAUCUUAGGUAUCUUGUCACACUGACGCAAAGCUGACCAAUACACCAGGAGUCCGCGGCCGGCCUGGGCAGCAGGCCUCUGUGUCAACCCAUAUAUUCCAUUUGGGAAAGGUGUUUUGUACCACAUGGGACUUAGAACAUUUAUCUGGAUGAAUGCUACACAGUGAAUUUUGUACUUUUCUUCUCUGAGUCAAAAAGGGAGUUCUUAAAUACAAUUGGAAUGUUCAAA